AGUAUAAAUAAACACUAAUAUGUCCAAGCAUCUUUUCUCCCAACUUCCCCCCGAACUCCGACUGAUGAUAUGGGAAUACAACUUACUACCACAUUGUAUAGAAGUUCAAACUACACAGGCUGUUAAACCCCAGCUAAGACUACGUAACGAUGAAUUUCACUAUACGUACGUGUGUAGAACCCCUGUCAAUCUGCACGUAUGCAGAGAAUCACGACAGGAGGCAUUGAAACGAUAUAGUCUACGUUUUGGUAUUGGAGGCCUUGUCGAUCCCAUAAGAGAUAUGCUCUAUUUUGGACCAGAUAUGGCAUUUGGAUACCCAAAAGAUUGGUUCAGUAUUUUCAUGUCUCAACUUCACCCGAAAGAUAUGGCUUGUAUCCGCCAUAUCGCCAUCAGCAACUCGAUGCUCACGUGGCACUUCUCGUAUCAUGCGCUGACCUUCCGAUUGGCGCUUCAGGAACUAUUAUAUAUUAUCAAUCAUCAGUUGGUAAACCUGGAACAACUCGUCUUCGUCUGCCACGGCAUUCACUAUGACCACAUAUAUGCCGGAUGUCGUCUCUACGGAUCUGUCCAUAUCAAAGUAGUUGUGAAAGCGGAAUUGCCCCUGAAAAGCCCUCCGGAUAGUCGUUUCCCGCCGACGAUUGAAAAGGUGAUAUCUGACCAAACAUACGAAGAUGUCUUGGCGUGUACGCGUCUCUGUCAUGAACACAACUAACCUAACAACUAACAACUAACAUUAAUACGGCCAAAACAUGUUGAUGCACGAGCAUCACUAUUCAAGACUAUGGUAAUGGUAAUGAAUUAGAGCUAGAUGCACACUGGAUCAUUCAUUCUAAUAGCUGGGAAGAAUAUUAAUUAGAUGCCGAUUUCUUUUUCUCGGAAAGCAGGAAUAUUUAACCUAAAUGGAAUCGACCCUGUUUCGAUAAUCUUAAGAAUAAGCUACGUG